AUGGCAAUGCUCAUUAACCCUCAACAUCACCUCCUGCGCCGAACUCCUCUGCAAAUGAAGUUGAUGCAGCUACAUCUACCGGAAGACUUACCGUUACCGGAACCAAGCACGGCGAAUCCCUUUCAAGUGACUGCAUUUUCAAAUACAUGCUUGAUGCAUACGCCAAUGACGGGGAUGCGCUUGCUGUGCAGAUGUCACCUAGCUUGGGCUACUCCGACUAAGUGUGCACUUGAUGCCUUCGGUGCAGUCAAAGUAGCGGGCUACGAAGUUCUAGGCUGGCGGCCGUACCGUGAGGAGACGUCGCCCUUUAUGGAUCGUGCAGGUAACACUCUGCCGAUUAGAGAACGCCCUCCUCUCAAGAGCCCGGAAAAAAGAGGAGACACUGUUAAAGACAGUACUAUAUCUGGCUUACGAAAGCAGAAUUUAGAACUCAAGAAGAGACUCAAACAGCAAGAAAUUGAAAAAUUACCGCUCUGCAUGCGGCGUUCUAACGAAGUGCAGCAUCUAUACAAAGCUGCCUCGAGGAGUACAGACCAACUACGACGAUCUCGCUGGACUGUCUUGGAAAACGUAAAAGAACUCGGCUUUAUACACAAGAAGGUGAAGGAUCGGGAGGUAACUUACAACCUCGGAGAGAAGGACCAACACCCAGCAGAAAAACAUGCAGCAGGUAAUACUAAGAAGCCGAAAUAA